AACAAUUUUAUCUCAACAAUCACGAUGCAAAUGAGAUAGGGAGAAGCAGCAAUGUCGUCUUCUUUGCUGCGGUUUGGAAUCUCAAGGCCGUCUUCUUCUUCUUCUUCUUAUAAGAACUUAGUAAGCUCUCACUCCUUUGGGCUCGCUACGUCUUCUUUGUCAUGGGCAAACAACACACCUCACCACACAAAGCUCAAGCAAAAGCAAAAGCUUUGUGUUAAAGGUUCAGCUCAAGAGAUUCCACAGACACUAGAAGAAGAUUCGAAGUUUGUACCUUUAGAUCCUCAAGAUCCUGUGUUCGGCCCUCCUGUUUUGCUGUUGCUUGGCUUUCAAAUUCAUGAAGCACAGAAGAUACAAGAGCUUCUUAAGGAACUCGAUGGUGAAUUCAUGAAGAUUAUGUUCUGUACAGAAGAUAUGAUCCCACGUUCGUUAUGGGAAGCAGUUAACACAAGACAGACUGACCUGAAGAGAGUUAAAAUUGCGGAGUCGCUGCCACGGAUAUGCUUCUUAUCUGGUUUGACAGGGGAAGAGAUGAUGAUGUUCAUUGAUGCAUUUCCAGAAUCUGGGCUAGAACCAGCUGUGUUUGCAGCUAUGGUUCCGAACAGCGCUGAUAAACCCAUCUCGGAGUUGAUGGACGAAAUCAUGGGAGAUCAUGAGUUGUUGACCGGGAGCGGUUCCAGCUGAAGAAAGACGAGAGGACAGCUCUGGAAAGGCUCUGUAAGUUGGCUCUUAUGUGUUUUGUUCCGCUAUGUGAAUUCGAUCAGAUAAAGAGUGUUGUGUUACUUGUAUUUACAUAACAGAGAUAAUCUUAGUCAUUUUAUUAGUCUUCGUGUACAUUACAAACACUACAUACGUGGAUUAAUAGUCAGUAUUUAUCUGCUAAA